AUGCCUCUGUCCUCCGUGGCUGGUGGCCUCGCCCGCGUCGGCGCCUGGAUUGUCUCCGACAAGGCUUGGGGCCUCGUGGAGAGCACCCUCGGCAACGCGACCGAGUGCGCGGUCGCGUACGGGCUCGUCGGCUCGCUGAAGUGGGGAGCGGCCCUGCUCUCCAUCGCGUCCUUCUUCCUCGGCGUCUUCGUCGGACGGCAGCGGUUCGAUAUCCAGUGGCGCGGCGGCGAGAGCAUGCAGGCCCGCAUCGCGAUCGCGCCGUGCACGCCGACCGACUAUCAGGAAGUGACGAGUCUGGAUCCGAGCGAGAAGGCCGAGGAGGACGGGAGGUUGUGGUAUAUGGCGACGCCCGACGGAGACGUCUACCCGCACGAGCUGACGGCCCAGGCAUUGCGUAUCAUCGUGCCGUACGAUAUGAGGGAUCGGAGGCAGCUGGUCAACCGAGAGGGGGCCAACCCCGCGGGCGUCGGCACGUACGGCAGGGACUGGGUGAUGAGCCCCGCGGCCUUCGCGCUCCAGCUGCGCUUCGUGUUGGGGCAGUCGCUCGACGAGGUGCUGGAGACGGCGGCGGCGGCGGGUGGAGCCCCCGAGGAGCCCGAGGCGGAGGCGAGGCCAGCGGCGGCGAGAGCGCCUUCAGGAUCGGCCUUGGCCUCGGCGGAGAUUCCGACUGAGUGGGGCUCUGGCCGCGGGCGCCUCCCAGACCCUUCGCCGUCGCGUUGGCGAUGCAUCGCCUCGAGCGACGGCGGGGGGAAGGGCUUGCUGCCCGACGAGGACCUGGACGCCUUCGUGAUCGCGGCGGGGUUCGGCAUGGCGAUGAAGGGGGGCCGCACGAUGCUGGUGUGGGCUCUUCCUCCCGACGGCGGGGACGAGCUCGACGCGCGCGUCCUCGCGCUGCGGGCCAACGCCACGGAGCGCUUCCUCGGGAUGCGUGAGGCCGUGGCGGAGCUCACCGAGACGCAGUGGGAGUUCUUCCCGAUCAACGGGCCCCGCACCGUGAAGUGGGUGUGCGAGUUCGUGCGCGAGAAUGACGUCACCUUCAGGUCUCGGCACGCCAAGUUCAAAGCCGAGACGGGGCUGUCGUCGUCGGACCAGGACGUCUCCGUCCACGAGCUCUGCUGCCGCAUCAUGCAUCUGCUGCUGACCUACGACCAGCUCAAUGCGCGCCUCUCAGGGAUGCAGAGCACCGUUGAUCGCCAGAAGUCGGAGAUCGAGAAGCUGAAGAAGCAGCUGGCGGCUGCACCCAGGGCGCAGCUGGCCGUCGAGCUGUGGACCUGCGAGGUCGUCGCGGCGCUCAAUUUUCUCAACGGGCGCCUGGGCGGCGACGGGUUCGACAAGUUAUCGGCGGCGCAGCUCACUGGCAUCGAGUCGCUCUACGACCACCUGCUGGAGUUCGGGCCUCCCGAUGUCAGUCCCACGGCGGCUUGCACUGAGCUGCGUGGUUGUUCUCCUGGGUACGACAUGUCCCCAGCGAAGGCGGUUCUGUUCACCGAAGGGAGCGUGGCGGUGCCUUCGGACUCCAGGAAGUGCGAGCCCGCCUACCUGUUGUCGGAGUCCGUGCGCGACUUGUGGCAGGACUGGGAGAAGCAUCUCUUGCGCCCUCGUAAGGAGUGGCUUGCUAAUGUACCACCUCACUUCGACGCCAGGUUGAAGAGCUCGCCGAAGCUCUACGCCAGCUUUUUGCACGACUUGUUCAAUGCGGGCAUGAUCGAAUUCACCAGCGAGCGCAAGCACACGCUCGCGCCGUUCUUCGUCGCCAAGCGGGACGGGAGCGGCCAGCAGCGGAUGGUUCUGGACACCCGGCGUGUCAAUCGUAUGUUUUAUGACCCCGACGUCGCCGAGCUGCCGACGGCAGGCAGCUGGCAGAGCCUGCGGCUCGGGGCCGACAGCAGCCUCUUCCUCGGUCAGUGCGACAUCGAGGCAGCCUUCUAUCGGUUCCUUGCGCCGCCUGGUCUGAGCGAGCUGAUGAUUCUUCCGAGUAUCGAUCGCGGUGCUCUCGCCAAUGUGCUGCCGAGUGGCACUCUCGACGGCAUCGUCGGUCGCAGGUGUUCGCCUUGUCUGAAGGUGCUGCCCAUGGGCUGGAACUGGAGCCUGUUCUUCUGCCAGCACGCCGUCGAGGGUAUGCUGAGGACCGUCGGCAUCGGCGAUCACAGACUCGUCCACGAGAGGAAGGUGAUUCCCGACCUCGAGGGCGAGACCGUCGCCGCCGCCUACGUCGACGGAGUCGCCGUGAUCGGUUCCAAGUACGACGCGGUCGUCUCGCAGCUGGAGACGGUGCACGGCGCGUUCAACGCGGCGGGCCUCCAGUGCAAGGAGAUGGAGCCGCCGAGCGAUCACCAGAAGUUCACAGGUCUGAUCUUCGAUAGAGAGUCUGGGAGGAUAUCGCUGGGGCGGUCGCGGAUGUGGAAGAUCCGCCAGGCGUUGCUGUGCCAGGCGUCCCAGCGCUACGCCACGGGAAAGGAGCUGGCCAGCCUGGUCGGGCACUUCAACUGGGCGGCCCUUCUUCGCCGACCACUCCUGUGCAUCUUCCAGUCGACGUAUCGGUUCAUCAAGAAGGCGGGUGACAGCCGCUGGAGGAUAUGGCCCGAGGUGAUUCGUGAGCUGCGAGUCGCCGCCGCUCUCGUGCCCUUCGCCUACUACGACGCGAAGCGGCCCGUGGACUCGACGGUCUACUCCACCGACGCUAGCACGGGCGACCUCGACCCUGCGGGCAGCUUGCACGGCGGCUACGGGGUCACCAAGCGGGAGCUCAGCCAGCAGCUGGUGUUGGAGACAGCUCGGGUUCGCGAGCGGUGGCGCUACCACGUGGAGGGAGCCCUGCACGCUCGGGAGUUCGCCUUCGCCGCCCGCGACACCUCGGGGGCUCCGUCCGACGGGAUGUCUUUCGCCACUGUGGACUCGGACGUCGUCUUCCCGAUGGAGACCUGGAGGAACGUGACCUUCGGCCGCUGGUGCCGCGAGGAGAACAUCCUGAGGCUCGAGGGGCGUGCCCUCGCGCUCGGCGUGCGCCACAAGAUGCGGGCCUUGCGGUCUCGGGGUCAUCUUCACCUCAUGCUUAAUGAUAACCUUUCUUUGGUACUGGGAGUGGAAAAAGGUCGUUCCGCAUCCCCUCUGAUCAACCAGACCUGCAGAGAGUUGUGCAGCUACAGCAUUAUUCACGAUAUGUCCGUAGCCGUGAGAUGGCUACCUUCAGAGUGGAACACUUCAGACAAAGGCUCACGCACCGUGACGGGCCAGCCGACUCCCUUUGCAGCCGACCCGCGGAAUGUUGGCACGGCCUGGGCUAGCCUCGCUCGGGCGGCCGCUGACGAGAAGGCGGGGAAGACCAAGACGCCCCGUCCGAGCGUGAAGCCUGGAGCUCUGCCUCCAGCUCGGUCGAAGGCGGCGGGUCGCGUCGAGUUGGCACGCCAGAAGGCCAAUCGGGCGAAGCUCAGAGCCGCGAAGUUCGGCGGAGCCAACUGCGACCCUCGGCAUGGGCUGACCUUCUUGCAGAGGCACAAGGUGCGGGAGGCCACCAUCCGCAGCUUCGACAACCACGUGACCAGCUUCCUGGCCUGGGCCGCCGUGCCGUCGCUGGACGACAUCACGGCGGACCGCCUGGACGCCCUCCUGGCGGCCUACUUGGACAAGCUGUUCUGGGACGGGGAGCUGGCGGAGACGGGCUCGCGGCUGCUGGCGCCCGUGCAAUACAGGCUGCCGCGCGUGCCGCGGCCGAAGCACGGCGGCCUUCCGCUGGCGCGGGCCGCGCUCUCUGGCUUUCGAGUGCACUCGAGGAGCACUCCGAUGACGCCCGUCGGGAAGCCGAUCGUGUGGGCGAUGAUCGGGAUCGCCGCGCUCGAGGGGGACUUCGAGUGGGCGGGGGCGGUCGCGCUCGCGUGGGACGCGAUGAUCCGCCUCCCGAGCGACCUCGUCGGCAUGACGGUCGACACGCUGGUGGGCCCAGGCCGCGGCGCGGAGCCCCGCUGGGCGCUGUUGCUGUACCCGAUCGAGGGAUCGGCCUGCAGCAAGUCGCUCGCGCAGGACGAGGGCGUGCUGCUGCGGAGCGCGGCCUGGCGUGGCGGCGGCGGGAGCUUCCUGAAGCUGCUCCGCGCGGCGCGGCCCGCUGGGUCGCCCCUGUGGUCGUUCAGCGCAGCGACCUUCGGCGCCGAGUUCCGACGUCGGCUGUCGCUGGUCCCGGGCGCGCCCGACAUGAUCCCGCACCAGCUGCGGCACUCCGCGGCGUCGCACUUCACGGCGGUGGAGGGCAUGCCUCUGGCCGAGCUGCAAGCGCGUCUACGCCACACGAGCGCGCAGAGCACGGCUCGGUACUCGCGGCACGUGCGCUACCUCGCGGAGCUCGAGAAGGUCGACGUCGAGGUCUCGGAGUGGGCCCAGGAGGUCGAGGACGGAGGCGCUGGCGUCGGGCAGGCCUUGCAAGACCUUGCCCGCGCGUGCCGCGCUGCCGCUGGCCAGACCUUCCUCGAAGUCGGCUUCGGGACGGGCGAGAUCGCGCGGGCCGAGGACGCCCGCAUCUCGGGCUGCAGCGCGUGGAUAAACGGCUCCCUGCUGGCUACCGCCAUC